UGGACGUGAGCGGGUCUGCUGAGUGGCUUCUUGCUCGUAAAGAUGAUACCUUGAAUAUUUUAGAAGUUUAACAGCCCUGCCACAUCUUUCUUUCUCCCCACUGGUAGACUAUCAGUUUGGAGGAACACAAUGGGACUGUGGACAUUUUGGAGUUUUUCUCUUUUGGCUUUCGUAUUGAUGCACCACUUUCAACCCAAGUUUGUGGCUCAAGCGGAAUUAAGUUCUGCCGGAACAAACGACAGAUUGUAUCGCCUGGAGGUAACACAGCUGGAGGCACGUGUAACCCAAAGAUCAAAAGUCUCACUCAAAGUCGAUAAUCGCACAAAAGUUUUAAGCGCUUUUGAAACAGAAACACCCGAUGCGGAACCGAACCAUGACAAGCAAGUGGAGAAAGAUGCACAGAGUGGACUUGAGGCACCGAUCGGCGUCAAAACUGCACCAAACUACCACCGUCUCAAAAUACCUGGUAAAAAGUAUAGUGACACGUACGAAGACAACCAAAGGCGACGCACGGCGACUAUAAUAUCAGAAAAGAAAAUCCCUGACCCAAGAAAGAGGGGAAAAAGGAGUGUGGAUACAGCACACACAGAAAAUGUGGAAAGGAGUACAAGUGGACAAGCGCAGUUAAGAGAGAGGUUUGUGGAGACUGUCCAUGGUGGUUCCAACUCCAGAGCUGAGUACCGGCGCGUUGGGGAGGAAGCCAGGGGGUCUAACCCGAGGCAAAGUGAACCGCACCUGGACACUUCCACUUUUGCGCUGUCGGGAGACUCUGCGCACAACCAGGCGAUGGUGCACUGGUCCGGACACAACAGCAGCGUGAUCCUGAUCUUGACUAAACUGUACGACUUCAACCUUGGGGCUGUUACUGAGAGCUCACUUUGGAGAUCCAGUGAUUAUGGAAGCACCUACACCAAACUCAAUGACAAAGUGGGCUCAAGGACAGUUUUAAGUUACCUCUACGUCUGCCCUACCAACAAACAGAAGAUAAUGAUGCUUAGUGACCCAGAGGUAGAGCUCGCUGUUCUCAUCAGUUCAGAUGAAGGGGCAAGCUUUGAGAAGCAUCCCAUUAACUUCAAUAUCCUAAGCCUGCUCUUCCACCCUGCGCAGGAGAACUGGAUACUGGCCUACAGUCACGACAGCAAGCUGUACAGUUCAGUGGACUUUGGGAGGAAAUGGCAGCUGGUUCAUGACAACGUGAUGCCAGGCCGAUUCUACUGGGCGGUAAUGGGGCUGGACAGAGAAUCAGAUGUUGUCCACAUCGAGACGCGCAUCGCAAAAGGCCGUGCCAAGUAUGUGAAGUGCAGAGCCCAACAAUGCUCAGAAGGGAACAGACAGUACCUCUUUCCUGGAUAUGUAGACACCAACUCACUGGUUGUUCAAGAUGAAUAUGUUUUCACACAGGUAACCAAGUCAGGACGAGCCAGUUACUUUGUCUCCUACAUGAGAGAACCCUUCAAGCAGAUGCAAUUACCUAAAUAUUGUCUACCAAAGGACAUGCAUAUUAUCAGCACAGAUGAGAAGCAGGUAUUUGCUGCAGUCCAGGAGUGGAAUCAGAACAACACUUACAGCCUUUAUAUCUCAGACUCCCCUGGGGUCUACUUUACCCUUUCAUUAGAGAAUCUGAGAACCAGCAGAGGCCCCGCCGGUAACCUACUGGUUGACUUUUAUAAGAUCGAGGGGAUAAAUGGCAUGUAUCUCGCCAACAAACUGGUGGAUAGUCACAUCAAGAGUUUUAUAACAUACAACAAGGGACAGACAUGGGCCCUGCUGCCAGCGCCUGCCACUGAUGUGGCUGGGAAUAACCUUCACUGCAUCCUGCCAUUUUGUUCGCUGCAUCUUCAUCUGGAGAUGUCGGAGAACCCCUACACGUCUGGACCCAUCACCAGCAAAAAGUCUGUACCGGGCAUCAUUGUGGCUACAGGGAAUAUUGGAACAGAGCUGUCCUCCGCCAACCUUGGGAUGUUUAUAACAUCAGAUGCAGGAAAUAGCUGGAGACAGAUUUUUGAUGAAGAGCACAACGUUUGGUUUCUUGACAAUGGAGGAGCUAUGCUGGCAGUCUUACAUGCAGAGGCGCCUAUUCGAAACUUAUGGAUCAGUUUGGAUGAAGGAAAGAAAUGGGACCGUCACAGUUUCUCCUUGGCACCUCUGUAUGUGGAUGGAGUUUUAAUGGAGCCAGAAUCUGACAAUCACAUUAUCACUUUCUUUGGACACUUCAGCCAUCGCUCAGAGUGGCAGCUUAUCAAGAUCGACUACAAGGGCCUCUUUAGCAGGAGGUGCAUGGAUGGAGAUUAUCAGACGUGGCACCUGCACAACAAGCGAGAGCUGUGUGUGAUGGGUGAGAAGCAAAUCUAUAUGAAGCGUCGUCCGGGAAACCGCUGCAUGCUGGCCCAAGACUACUCAAGGAUCUAUUCCUCGGAGCCAUGCCUCUGCACAGCCUAUGAUUUUGAAUGUGAUUAUGGGUGGGAACGCCAGACGAACGGGAAGUGCUCCCCUGCUUUUUGGUUUAAUCCAAAUGGUGCCGCUAAAAGCUGCAGCUCCAGCCAAAGCUUCCUUAACAGCACAGGGUAUCGGAAGGUUUUGUCCAAUAACUGUAAGGAGGGAGGGACGAAUGUGUACUCACCCAGGAGGCAGGGGUGUCGUCCCAGACCACCCCAAGGUCUCCGGCUGUCUACCAGUCAAGGAGAGCUCAGUGCCACUGUUGGAAGCAACGUCACUUUCACGGUUUACCUUGACGAUGGAGACUCGCUGAGGACCAGCAUCCAGCUAGACUUUGGGGAUGGCAUCAAGAUCACAUACUCUAACCUGAGCAGAACUGAUGAUGGCAUCAAGCACAUCUACAGAACAACUGGGAUUUACCGAGUGACAGCUUCAGCUGAAAACAGCCAGGGAUCUGACAGCAGCACACUGUUUUUACACAUCACCAGUCCAGUGGAGCGUGUAUAUCUCUCUGCUCCUAUUGUAACCAUCCGGGGAAAGGAGGCUAAUCUAACUGCAGUGGUUUGGCCAAGUCACACCAGAACAUUGACCUUCUUCUGGUGGUUUGACAACAGCUCUGAGCCCAUUAUAACCUUGGAGGGAAGCAUCUCUUACACAUUUCAGAGAAGGGGAAAAAACAAGGUCACGGUCCAGGUUGCUUCUGGGAGCACCAUAAUGCAGGAUUCAAAAGUUAUAACUGUUAAAGAGUUCUUCAGGUCGCUGUUGUUAUCAUUCUCGCCAGCUCUUGAUGAACACAAUCCUGACAUCCCAGAGUGGAGGGACGACAUAGGGCGCGUGGUGCGGACAGCUCUGUCACAGGUGUCUGGAGUUCCUGAAGAGCAGCUGCUGGUGUCUUUAUAUCCUGGACUUCCAAGUACAGCAGAGCUCUUUAUCCUACCUGAUGAGCAUACAUCAAGUGAGCACAAGAGGAGCAGCGAGGAGUCUCUAGAGAGUAUAUCAAAUAUUUUUGUCACCGCCCUGAACCAAGGACUGGUCCAGUUUGAGCUGAAAGCCGACAUCCGCAUUAUUGUGUACAUGACUCAGCAAACUUUGGCACCACUUGUGGAUUCAAACUCCAUCCACAGUGGGUCGGCCAUGCUAAUGCUCCUCACUGUGGUAUUUGUUGGUUUAGCUGCAUUCUUCAUCUACAAGUUCAAAAGGAAAAUCCCUUGGAUCCAUGUUCAGACUGAGGACAGUCACGAGAAGGAGCCCGAAGUGAUCAGCACAGUUGGUCAGAACGAUAACAUGUCCAAGGUCAAGCUCAGCGAGUUUCCGUCUCCGAAAGAACUAAUGGAGAAGGAGCUGGAGGCCAGGAGCAGAGGAGGAAAUGGAAGAAAUAUGGAGAGGAUUGUUACAAGGGAAUUUCCAAACUGUACUAAUGUCUAAAACAAGUGCUCUGUUACUGAGUAAGUACAGAUUGUUGUGUUACAAUUGUGCUGAAAUUGUUUGCUUUGUUACCAUUUUAUUUGUUUUAUUUUUAUUUCAUGCUGAUAGCCGCUAUCAUUCAAAGUCAUGUUUUUUAACUCACAUGGAUAUAAUUAGUAUGUACUUUACACACACACUACUUGAUGAAGAUCAAUCCACCUAGCUAGACUCUUGGGCCUCUAGUUUGAGGGCAGUGAAUUGCUAAAAUUGGCUGAUAACUAGCAUCAACACCCACCCCACGAUUCUGCAUCAACACCAUGGAUGUAUUGCUGAUGAUGAGUGCUUAUCUGUUUUUAAACCAGGCAGUGUCAACCUCACAGCAGUACUCAACACUGAUUACCUAGAGCAAUGCGCAUUGAUUUGAUGAGAGGCAAUGAAAAUUCAAAUAACAGUAACAAUCGCACUCAAAAUGGAGCGUGUCUAGACGUUAGAGACCCCUCCUUUGUAAUCCAUCCUACACUUCAUGGUGUUGACCCAUGUUGUCCAGAAAUAUGUGAAAUGAAGGCAUUCCUGUAUGGCGUAUAUAAUAAAUAAAUAAUGGUUUUACAUGUACAGUUUUUACAGAAUAGAAUAUAUUCAUGCAGCAUCAUGAGUUAUCAUUGUACGUGUUCAGUAAGGUGAAGUACUUGUACCAUUAAUGCAUCCAUAAUAAUUCAUGCUUUGUUUUAACAUUUUAUUGUUGGUGGUAAAUAAAGUAUAAUGUAUGUUCGUGCAUUUAAAAGAAAUGAACGAACAUACAAAAUCAGACAAAUUUGACUUUAAAUUCUCUUAAUUUUACAUAAUCAUGAUGCAGCACAGAUUCUUUUUCACUUUUCUUAACACCAACAAUGAAAUAAUGAAGAAUGCAUUUUUUUUAUAAAUGCAUCAAAAUAUGCCUCACUUCACUUUACACAUACAGUGAUAACUCAUGACACUGCGUGGACUGUUAUAGCAUACUAUGAGUUCUUACUACAGUUGAUUGUUGAGGUGUGUGCAUAGGUAGUCAUAAUGUAUUAUAAGCACCAAUCACUAGUUUAUAUCCAGUCAAGAGCAUUUAUGAGACACUUGGAGUUAUAAUUCACUAUAAGUCAGUAUAAUGUUUUAUGACUGUUGCUUCAGAAAGCAUUUUAUGUGUUUGAGUGUAGCAUUCAUAACUCAUUAUGAAUGCCUCCAUAACUCACUAUAGAUGUGGUCUUCACAGAAAUUGUUACUGAUUUCCUGGAUAUUUGGGCUUUUAAGGAAUACUAUAAUAAUAAUAAUAAUAAUAUGAUACAGGGCUUACAAUUCUGAAUUAAUUUAAUGUAAUAAAAAUGUUUUUGACAUCUUACAGUACUUCUUGAUGUUUCCUUCUUAUAAUAGUGUUUGCUCAUAAAUUUAACAAGCGGGCUAUAAAACCUGUCAAGUGUAACAUUUUUAUAUGACAAACAACAAAGACAACACAUUUUGCUCUGUCUCCAUAAGACAGAGGUGUAAUGAAUACAUGAUUUUGUUAUUGAAAAAAAAAACAAAAAGCAAAACAUUUGCAUUUACCGCCCUAUAACUAGAGGUCUUUGAGUUGUGAAUGAAAAAUAUCUGACUGUUGUGAAUGCUUUUAGGUAGUUGCUCUGUAAGAUAACAUGGUGCUUUCAAUGACCUUUUCUCAGAUGAUGGUACACAACAAAAUAUGAUAUAUGGACAUGGAAGUCUGGCCUUAGAAGUGGAAAUACUCAAAAUGUGUACAUAGAAUAAGAUGGAAUGUAAAUCUAUACAGUAGCUUCAUCCUACUUUAUUGUAAAGUCAACCCACUGAACGGGCAGUAAUAUGUUUCCAUGACCUUAAGUCUCAAAACAAGCUGUAUGUCCUUUUUUAUUUUAUUUAUUUUUAUUUUUUUACAGUAGCAUGCCCUAAUUAUCUGUGAUAACACUUAAGACUAGGGUGAGUACUGUGUAUGUAUAUAUGUAUAUAUACAUAUCAUAGUUGGUUUUGAAGUUUACUUGAGACAUUAAACAAAUUAUUAAACGCCUUGUCCAAUAGUCUAGUUGUGCAAUUGCCAAAACUUGUGCAUGAUCUAUGAUAUUGUCCAUUUUUGUCAAUUAUAUAAAAAUAGUCUUGUUUUGAAUCAUAUUUCUUACUGUGAACAAAUUGCCAUUUUAAAAUUGUUCAAAAUAA